AAAACUUUUAUUUAUCUUUGGGAAAAAGGCAGAGUUCAAGAAGACUAACUGAAGUCAUCAAAUUAAUCAACAAAUAAACAACAAUGGCAGGUGGGAAACAAGUGAUGCUUCUUGCAAUUGAUGAUAGUGAGCAUAGCUUUUAUGCUCUUAAGUGGACCCUGGACCAUUUCUUCACUCCUACAUCGAAUGCCCUGUUCAAGCUCGUUAUUGUCCAUGCCAAAUAUCCUCCUACUUCUGUUAUUGGACUUGCAGGACCUGGAUCCACGGACGUGCUGCCACUUGUGGAAGCCGACCUGAAGAGGACAGCUGAUAGGAUUAUCGAGCAAGCUAAGGAACUCUGCAAGGAAAAAGAAGUGGAAGAUGCAGAAUUUGAAGUGAUCGAAGGGGAUGCCAGGAUGGUCAUGUGUGAUGCCGUUGACAAACAUCAUGCAUCUCUCUUGGUUCUCGGUAGCCAUGGAUAUGGGGCUUUGAAAAGGGUUGUUCUGGGCAGCGUCAGCGAUCACUGCUCCCACCAUGCUCACUGCUCUGUGAUGAUCGUGAAGCAGCCUAAAGUACACCACUAAAGCCCAGGCCCACCUUUUCGAUCAAUCAGAUGGCAAAGAGGUUUCAGUUUUCCAGAUCAAGUUUUUGACUGACUCCCUAAAUGACCAUCACAGAAUACAAGGAUACAAUAAUCUUCUAUUUGCUGAUCUUCUUCAAUGCUGCAAGUUUAGUGUUUAAGCAAUUGGUCAAUCCAGUCAUCAGUAGUGAGCUCAUGCCAGUAUAAGAGUAUUUCCUUCUUUUUUUAUUUUUAUUUUUUGUUGGAAGAAGCAUUUGUUUUCUUCUUUUAAUAGCUGACAGGGUUAAUUAUAAUAUUGUAAAACUAAAAACCUACCAUGGGAUUAACCCAUUGGUCUUUGACUUUGCUUUUGAUUCAUCCUUCAGACUGGGAUUAAGAUUUUAUGACUAAUAGUCUCAGGAUGUUUUAACCCUUUUGGUAGCCAGUGAUCAGGUGUUUGAUCUUACAAGUGCGCAGAUACAUUAUAUAGUCCCAUGCUACACACUCGAUCACUGUUCCAAGCUAGAGUUUUUUUUCUUCCUUCUUACACUUACCAUAAUUUCUGAGAAUUUGAAUAAAGCUUAAUCCUGCCUAAUCCCUAAACAUGAAAAUUAACUAAAAUGAGGCAGAAAGAGCUUUACAGAGAUACGCUAAUUGUAAUGGAUAGCCUUCCAUCUUUCCUACGAGGUUAAACUCACCGCCCAAGGAAGAAGCCUAAAGUACACCACCAAGGAAGAAGCCUAACAUACACCACUAGGGACCCUCCCUCUCGAGACUUGAUCAAUCAUAUGACAAAGCGGUUUCGAGUUUUCCAGGUCACGCUUUUGGCUGCCUGCCCGGAUGACCAUCAGCGCAUCAUCACUCAACAUAGGAUGCAGCAAUCUCAUUUGCUGUUCUUCUUCGACAUAGUAGCGAGCUCAAGCCCUCAUACAAGUACCUUGCUUUUUCUUUUACCCAACCGGUUGAUUGUACCACCGUAAAACUACCUGCCCAUCCUAGGAUUAACCCGAUGGUCUUGUGACUUGUAUUCAAUGCAUCCCUUAGACUGGAUCUCAGAUUUUGGGACUAAUAGUCACAGUGCUGCAUUAUACCGGUUAUCAGGUGUUUGAUCUUUACAAUGUGUAGCCGACAUAUUUGCCAAAUAAAAAUAGAUGUAUAUCUACAAGUAUGCAGAUACACUCGACCGAUGCUCAAGAUAUAUAUAAUCUUUGAGAUUUUUCUGAGCUUACCAUAAAUCCUGAGCAAUCAACUCAAUCCCUGAGUAAUAUUAAUUUCUAAACACGCCAAUUAGCUAAAAGGGAGGCAGAAAAAGCCUUACAAAGACACGCUAAUGGGUGAGGGUAACAUUACCAAGAAUAAUUAGAGAAUUUUGUAAAUUAUAAGAUACCUCUGAUCCAGGAAAAACAAUCAUUAAUGGUCAAGGAAACUCGAUAAGUUGCAAAGUACACAGAUAAAAAAUGCAAUAACAGCUACUAAAACUACAGCAAGCACCAGUCUCUCUCAAAGCCCAAAGACAACAUUAUUUUUAUCUAGCACUUGACCUCCUUCAGG